CCCACCUAGGAAGAGCCGCCGGCGCUGGGGCUGCGCGGCCGUGGUGGAAGGAGGGGGAGUCAGUGACAGAGGGACACCGUGACUGAGCCGGGGGCACCGACUUCGGCCCCACCACCCCUCGCGGCGAUCGCCGCCGCCGCCACCUCCCGAGACCGGCUCGGGCGCCGCCGCCGCUCCCGUCGCCGUCGCCGCCCUGGCCGCUUAAGAACCCCGGAACGUGCGUCAGCGCCACCUCACAAUCGCGCCGCCCCCCGCGGUGCGUCCCGGCACGCGCGGGCGCGAGGCCACCGCGCCCCCGUCGCCCCUCCCCGCCCCUCAUUAAUAUGCAGACGCAGCCGGGGGCGCGCUCGCGCUCCCGGGAGGACGGGAGCGAGCGGCGCGUCUCCUCGGGCCUCUCCGCUCCCGGGGAAAUGGAAAAGCCAGUUGGGGCGGGGGUCGGCUGGCUGGCAGAGGUCGGGAGCACUGGGUGGGCGCGCGCACGAGGGCAAGCACGCGCCUGGGAGGGUGGGACGGUUCCUGGGCAACGGCCCCUCCCUGGCGCGGGAUCGGCGCAGAACCUGCCCGGGUCGCACGCGUCUCCGCCCCUCGCGGUGCCUCCUCCUUCCUGUCACCUCGGUUCCGCCCUAGGUGAGGAGAAGCCCUGCCACACCACUCGGGCUUCCCAGGGCGGGGCUGCCCCGUGGGGGAAACUGAGGCCCGGGACCUCGACCAGCGCCUGCGCCGUGCGAGCCCGCGUAGAAAUAGGUGCCCGAGGACCCCAGCGCAAUGCGAGAGCCCGGCCCAGCCUGGGGGGUCCUGUGGUGAACUCGCCUCUGGGCUCUGCAGGCUUGAAGUCCGCUGAGCGCCUCGCGCCUCGCCCCGCACCUCUAGACCCCGAAUGCCAGAUCUAGGGCCCCCUCGUCGCCCUAGGAA